AUGUAUAUGUGUUCUCCAGCCAUGCCUCAGCUCGGUACAGCAGCUCUCGAAAGAACUUCGUACUCCCCGAGAAAUACAGAUUUUACAAACAUUCUUUCGAAACCUUUUCUUGAAAUGCUUGCUACCUCGGAUGAUCACGAAGUUGUACACGCAGUACAGGUUUAUAAAAGCACAGAAAAAGUGCUAGACUUUUUUCAAAUAAAUAUUAAGCGAUAUCAGGAGAUUUUUGCAGACUAUAUGGCAGUGCACUCAGAUCUAGCAAUGCUGUAUCUAACGAAAAGUCUUUGGAACAAUCAAUGGGAUUUGUGGGAUACAGAAGCAAUACAACAAACACGAGAUGGUAUACUAUCUAUUCUAUUAUCUUUAAAGCGAAAACCAGUGAUUCGAUAUGAAAAAAACAGUAAAAUGGCAAGAACGCUGGCAGUGGCAUUGCAAACAGAAAUAGAAACAGAAACAUCAUUAUUUGACUUUUAUCGUACAGAUACAUCCCCAAUUCUUUUGUUAUUGGAUAGAUGCAAUGAUCCAAUAACGCCAUUGUUGACACCAUGGACAUAUGAAGCAAUGGUACAUGAAUUAGUUGGUAUUGUUCAUGGGCGUGUGGAAAUUGCAAAUUUUAUACAUGAAAAAGUACAUCACGAAAUGGUCUUAUCUCCGAUACAAGAUACUUUUUUCAAAGAAAAUAUGUAUCUAAAUUUUGGUGAUCUAGGAAUACGUAUUAAAGAAUAUGUUGAACAUUAUCGAACCAAGACUCAGUCAAAUGUUGAAAUUCAAAACGUAUCAGAUAUGAAGCGAUUUGUUGAAGAAUAUCCCGAGUUUCGUCAGCUUUCAGACAAUGUUGCCAAACAUGUAACACUGAUGAGUGAACUCAGUGCUCGUGUUGAGAAAGGAUCUUUAUUUGAUGUCAGUGAGCUCGAACAGAGCCUCGCAUGUGAUGAUUCUCAUGCAUCAAAUCUUAAGGACUUGCAAAAACUCAUUCGAAGCCCUAUCUCGAAUAGUAGUAAGGUUAAACUUGCACUUCUUUAUGCUUUACGUUAUGAAAAACAUCCAAACAAUGCACUUUCUUCACUUUUACAACAACUUGCACAGGCUGGAGUCCCGCCAGAAGAGUUUUCUGUUAUAAACAUGCUCUUUGACUAUGCUGGAUCAAAUAAACGCCUUGAUAAUAUAUUUGAAUCUGAAAGCUUCUUUUCUCGAACAAAAAGUGGAUUCAAAGAGUUAAAUGGAACUGAAAAUGUAUAUACCCAACAUAAACCUCGACUACAAAACCUUCUUAUGUCUUUAAUCAAGGGUCGCCUUCGUGAACAAACACACCCUUAUAUGGAAGGGACCGCUAUUUUUAAAGAGAAACCACAGGACAUUAUUGUUUACAUGAUUGGUGGCACAACAUACACAGAAGCAAAAGUUAUUCAUGAAAUUAAUCUUUAUGCGACUGGUGUACGUAUAGUUUUAGCUGGAGACCAAAUUCACAAUAGUAAAUCAUUUUUACAGCAAUUAAAGCGUAUUCAUACUACUCAAACAUGA